AUGGAGAGUGCGGCAGAAGAGGAGCUGUGUUUCCCACACCUGAACAGCUCAUGCAGGAGGCCCAAUGCUCACUCCCAGAGCCAGACGGACAUCAUCUACACUCUACUGUACAUCACCGCUCUGGUCACCACCGUGCUCAACCUGCUCGUCAUCAUUGCCAUCUCACACUUCAGGCAGCUCCACUCCUCCACCAACUUCAUCCUCCUCUCUCUGGCCGUAUCAGACUUCUUCGUGGGCAUCGUGGUCUUCCCCGUGGAGAGCCUCAUGUCCAGAACGUGUUGGACCCUGGGCGACGUCAUGUGCGUGGUGUACCUCAUCAUUCCCAUUACCUUGGUGUCUGCCUCCGUCGGAAACAUGGUUCUCAUUUCCGUGGACCGCUACGUAGCCAUUUGCGACCCCAUGCAUUACCAAACCAGAAUGACCGUAAAAAUCGUCGGUAUCAGCAUCGGCGUCUGUUGGCUGGGCUCUCUUCUGUACAGCUUCUGUCUUAUGUACGAGAACUUGGUGGAACCGGGCAGGCACACGUCUUGCCGUGGGGAAUGUGUUAUCAAUGUUUCCGGAGAAGCCGAUUUGGUUAUAGUUUUUAUCAUUCCGGUUAGCGUCAUCGUGGUGCUGUAUUUGCGGGUUUUCGUGGUAGCCGUCACGCAAGCCCGAUCCAUGUGCCAUCAAGUCAGCAAUAAGCAGAACGUUGUCACCGUCACCGCGCGGAAAUCGGAAAUCAAAGCAGCCAGGAACUUGGGUGUGGUGAUAGUGGUUUUUCUUAUUUGCUACUCACCGUACUAUUGCGUCUCUCUAACUGGAGGGAACCUUAUGAUUGGGUCGCCGACGGAAAUGUUCAUGAGCUUUUGGAUGUACUGUAACUCGACUCUAAAUCCAGUUAUUUACGCUUUGUUUUAUCCAUGGUUUCGGAAAGCUAUCAAACUCAUCGUGACUCUGCAGAUUUUGAAGACAGGGUCAAGUGAUGCAAAUGUUCUGUAA